AUGGCGGCCGCCGGGGCCGCGGGCGUGCCGCCAGGUGUACAUGCCCAGCCCAGCGACCGUUUCACGCUGCGCGUGCCUGGCGCCGAG